CAACAACAACAGCGGCAGCAGCGCAGCCGGGGGGGUGUCGGUGAAGAUGGCGCUGCGACGGGCCUACUCCAUCAAGGACAAGCUACAGGCCAUCGAGCGGGUGAAGAAGGGCGAGCGACAGGCGUCGGUGUGCCGGGCCUUUGGGGUGCCGGGGGGUACGCUGAGGGGCUGGCUGAAGGACGAGGCCAAGCUACGGUGGUUCCUGGAGCAGCUGGGGGGUGAGGUGGGCACCCAACGCAAGAAGAUGCGCCUGGCCAACGAGGAGGAGAUCGACCGCGCCGUCUACGCCUGGUUCCUCGCCCUCCGCCAGCAUGGCGUCCCCCUCUCCGGGCCCCUCAUCCAGGCCCAGGCCGAGGCCUUCGCCCGGCAGAUCUACGGUCCCGAGUGUACCUUCAAGGCCAGCCACGGUUGGUUCUGGCGCUGGCAGAAGCGUCAUGGCAUCUCCAGCCAGCGUAUCUAUGGCGAGGGCGGCCUCCCCACCGAGCCCGAGCGGGCUCCCGCCGCCUGCCCCGAGGCCCUGCCUGUGCCAGCCGCCGACGCCGGGGGCUACGGCGAUGAGCAGAUCUACAACGCCAACGUCACCGGGCUCUACUGGAAGCUGCUGCCGGGGCAGACCGGCGGGGCAACGGCGGCAGCACGGCGGCGACUGGCUCCCCGCGAGCGGGUCACCGUGCUGCUGGCCGCCAAUUUGACCGGCUCCCACAAGCUCAAGCCGCUGGUGGUCGGGGGCCUUCGCGAUCCCCCCAGCCUCCGCCAUCACAACCAGGACAAAUUCCCCGCUUGCUACCGCUACAGCCCAGAGGCCAGGCUGGGGCCGGCCCUUCUCCGGGCUUGGUUCUUUGAGGACUUCGUGCCGGGUGUCAAACGCUACCUGCGCCGGAGCUGCCUGCAGCAGAAGGCCGUGCUGCUGCUCAGCUCCCCGCCACCCCCCUCUGGGACAGGCCCCGACGAGUCCCCCCCACUGCAGACGCCCGACGGCUCCAUCCGUGCCCUCUUCCUCUCCAAAGGCCCUGCUGGGAGUGGCUCGACCGGAGGGGGAGGCCGAAUCCCGGCCCCGCUGGAGCAGGGGGUGGUGUCCGCUUUCAAGCAGCUCUACAAGCGGGAACUGCUGCGCCUGGCCGUCUCAUGUGCAGCCGGCGGCGGCUCGGGUGGCCCCAUGGACUUUGUGCGGUCCUUCCUCCUCAAGGACAUGUUGUACCUGGCCGGCCUCUCCUGGGACCUCAUCCCCCCCGGCUCCAUCGAGAAGUGCUGGCUGUUGGGGCUGCGCGCCGCCUUCGAGCCCCAGCCCGGGGAGGAAGAGCAUGGAGACCCCCAGCAUGGGGAGGAAGGCAGCGGGGACAGCAAAGUCUUUAGCGAUCUGACCCACCUAGCUGCGUUGGCCUACAAGCGCUUGGCUCCCGAGGAGGUGGCCGACUGGUUGCACUUGGACGAUGCGGCCCCGGGUACGGAGGAGGACGAUGGGGAAGAGGACGCUGAGGAGGAAGGCCCCGGGGGCUGCGGGGCAGAGGAGGAUGAGGAGGAGGAGGAGGAGGAGGCAGCUGCCAGAGAUGAGGGUGGCAGAAGGGGUGGUGAAGGAGGGGAUGCCUUGCUGCCCACGGCUCGGGAAGCCAUCAAAGGUCUGGAGACGGCGCUGCGCUGGCUGGAGGGUCAGGACCCCCGGCAAGUGGGGCCGCUGAAGCUGGUGCAGCUCCGCUCCCUCAUCAGCAUGGCCCAGCGGCUGCACCGCGGCGGCAGCCCCCAUUCCUAGGGCAGGGUGAACUGCGGACCUGUCGGCUACCAACCGCUCCGCUUGGGGUGGGGGGCACAGGGCUGGGGACACCCCAGUUGUCCCACAGGGCUGGCGGUGGAGGUGCCAGCUCCCCUCACCCCUCCGUCGCGGGCAAUCCCCAGGGCUCAGGAGGCUCGAACGCCCCUGGGUUACCACGGCUAAGGUGGGGUUACAAUUUAGGGCUAACGGGGGUUUUUGUGCAACAACUCCUCCGUACGUUGCGUAUUCGAGGGUUGUUCCUCACCCUAAGUAUAUUUAGGAGGUGCUAUUUUUUAAAUUCCAUGAGACUGAGCAGGGGUGGCCCCUUGGUCACUGGCACCGCUAGAAGGGGGUGGAUGCCCCCCACGCUGCCCGGUCCCCCCAACCCGGUGGGGAGAAGGGGCGAGGGAGAGACCUGCUCGGCGUCACCGCGAGGAGCUGGGAUGAUGGGGGAAGUUACACGAAUUAAUUCCCCACAUCUUGGAGCAGGGCUGAGGUGGGCACAGCCAGCUGGACAGGGACCCACUCCUGGGGUGCUGUAAGGCAAACGUCCUGCCCUGGAAGAGGCUGGUGAUGCCCUUCCCGCUGCCAAAACGGAGUCCUCUUAAACUGGGGAGGCUUGGGGCUGGUUUAAGGCAACUUUCUUCAUGCACUGGAUUGGGACAGGGACACUUGGGUGGCAUUCAAGACGCUGCGGCUGCCUGGAGAGGGUCAGCUCCAUCAUUCCCAUGACAGCCCCGCGCCUGGAAACGCCCAGACUACGGAGACCUGCUGAAACAGGUACCGUCAUCCUCGCAUCCUCACGAA